CUGCGGGAGGCGGGAGGAAGAAGCGGGGCCGGGCUUGAGUUGGGUUGACCUGUGAAAGUCUGGGAAGGUCUGCGAGAGAAGCCGAGUGUUUUCAGCUCCGGAAGUGGCAGUUGUAAACUUCACCUCCCGGGGACUCGUCCCCUCUUGUACCCCUUUGCUCUUUGUCCCCCUCCUCCCGGGUCCUAGAGUCCGUCGUGUUCCUACAGUUUUUGCUCUUAUCCCCGUGGGCUGCCUGAGCCGCCUCCUAUCCCUGAGACUUCGAGCGGCUCUUGGGGUCUUGGGUGUGCAGCAUGGAUCACGCGAGACCCCUGAGACCUUAGAUCAUCUAACCUGUAAGCCACAGACAUCUUGGACAAUUUUAAUCACCAAGAAAGAAAUAUGUCAUUAAGAAACAGUGGGAUAUUUUGAAAGAGUUGGAAAACAUCAUGAAUUUGAAUACUUUAAGUAAUGGCACUGGUGAUACCCAAAGGUUGAAGAAUGCCUCAUCAGAUGUAAAACAAAUACUUAAAACUGAAACAGAGUUGGAUAUUACUGCUGAUCUCAGGAAGAAACUCCAUCGGGCUAAAAAAGAAAAAUUAGAAAUAACAACCAAACACAAUGCAGAGCUGGCAAGCUAUGAGAGCCAGAUUGCCAAGCUACGGUCCGAGGUUGAAAAGGGGGAAGCAUUGCGACAAAGUCUGGAAUAUGACCUAGCUGUUGCUAGAAAGGAAGCUGGUCUUGGAAGACGGGCUGCUGAAGAAAGAUUAGCCGAGGCACAUAGGAUCCAAGAAAAGCUCUGUGCACAAAAUUCAGAAUUUCAAGCAAAGACAAAUGAAAUUGAGGAAGCAUUUCAGACUUCUCAGCAAAAAUGGAAAGAAGAAUGCAGAAGGUUUGAACAUGAUUUGGAGGAAAGAGACAAUAUGAUCCAAAAUUGCAAUCGAGAAUAUGAUUUACUUAUGAAAGAAAAAAGCAGACUAGAGAAAACUCUACAGGAAGCAUUGGAAAAACAUCAACAGGAGAAGAAUGAGAUGGAGUCUCAUAUCAGGGAGACAGCGUUGGAGGAGUUUAGAUUACAAGAAGAACAAUGGGAAGCAGAAAGAAGAGAAUUACAAUUUAUAGUACAGGAGCAAGAUACUGCUGUGCAAAAUAUGCAUAAGAAAGUAGAAAAAUUAGAAACAGAACAUAUGGACUGCUCUGACCUUUUACGGCGACAAACAAGUGAACUUGAAUUUAGCACUCAACGAGAGGAACGCCUUAGAAAAGAAUUUGAGGCAACUACUCUUAGAGUGAGGAAAUUAGAAGAAAACAUUGAAGCAGAAAGAGCAGCGCAUUUGGAAUCAAAAUUUAAUUCUGAAAUUAUUCAGUUACGGAUUCGAGACCUUGAAGGAGCUUUGCAAGUAGAAAAGGCCAGUCAAGCAGAAGCUGUUGCUGAUUUGGAAAUGAUCAAGAAUGAAUUCAAAGAAGUUGAAAGUGCAUAUGAGCGAGAAAAGCAUAAUGCACAAGAGAGCUUUGCAAAACUAAAUUUAUUAGAAAGAGAGUAUUUCUCCAAAAACAAGAAACUAAAUGAAGAGAUCGAGGAACAGAAGAAAGUAAUUAUAGACCUCUCAAAGAGACUCCAGUAUAAUGAAAAAAGUUGCAGUGAGUUACAGGAAGAAGUAGUAAUGGCUAAGAAGCACCAGGCCUUCCUAGUAGAGACAUGUGAAAAUAAUGUGAAAGAAUUGGAAUCGAUCUUGGACAGCUUUACUGUGUCGGGCCAGUGGACAUCAGGCAUCCACAAGGACAAAGAUAAACCUCCCAGCUUCUCUGUUGUCCUUGAGACGUUGAGGCGUACCUUGACAGAUUACCAGAACAAGCUGGAAGAUGCAUCUAAUGAGCUAAACAGCAUGAACGAUGCUAGGGAAAAGGCAUGUAAUGAACUUGAUUCUACGAAACAGAAGAUAGACUCUCACACUAAAAAUAUAAAGGAACUUCAGGAUAAACUGGCUGAUGUCAAUAAAGAGUUAAGUCAUUUACGCACUAAAUGUGCAGACCGAGAGGCUUUAAUCAGCACUUUAAAAGUGGAACUACAAAAUGUGCUGCACUGUUGGGAGAAAGAAAAGGCUCAAGCAGCCCAGUCUGAAAGUGAACUGCAGAAGCUUUCCCAGGCUUUCCAUAAGGAUGCUGAGGAGAAGCUAACCUUUCUUCACACCUUGUAUCAGCACUUGGUAGCAGGCUGUGUGCUCAUAAAACAACCAGAAGGCAUGCUGGAUAAAUUCUCUUGGUCUGAGCUUUGUGCGGUCUUACAGGAGAAUGUUGAUGCCCUGAUUGCAGACCUCAACAGGGCUAAUGAGAAGAUAAGCCAUCUAGAGUAUAUCUGUAAAAACAAGUCUGACACGAUGAGAGAGCUUCAGCAGACUCAGGAAGACACCUUUACCAAAGUGGCAGAACAGAUCAAAGCCCAAGAGAGCUGCUGGCACAAACAAAAGAAGGAACUAGAGCUGCAGUAUUCUGAACUCCUCCUGGAGGUGCAGAAGAGGGCACAGAAAUUUCAAGAAAUUGCUGAAAAAAAUAUGGAAAAAUUGAACCAUAUUGAGAAGUCGCAUGAACAGUUGGUUCUCGAAAAUUCUCACUUCAAAAAACUGUUAUCACAGACUCAAAGGGAACAGACAUCCUUGCUGGCAGCCUGUGCAUUGAUGACUGGUGCCUUAUAUCCCCUCUAUAGCCGAUCAUGCGCCUUGUCUACACAGAGAGAUUUUCUCCAGGAGCAGGUCAACACCUUUGAGUUGUUCAAAUUGGAAAUUAGAACUCUAGCCCAGGCUUUGUCAACUGUAGAGGAAAAGAAGCAAGAGGAAGCCAAGAUGAAAAAGAAAACAUUCAAAGGAUUGAUACGUAUAUUUCGGAAAGUUGUUAUUGCAAUUUUGGCAGCAAACAGACUCAAGGUUUUGGGCCAAUCAUGUGCCUCUCUUUUUACCUGGAUGGAGAGUUUCAAAGAAGGCAUAGGCAUGUUAGUGUGCACAGGAGAGCCCAAAGACAAGCAUAAAUUUCCAAAACAUCAAAAGGAGCAGUUGCGUUGUUUACAAGCGCUUAAUUGGCUCACCAGUUCUGACCUUCUUGCUGCAAUAAUCAGUUCUAUGACUGAAUUACAAGAUGUCAUUGGUAAAACAGAUCCAAAUUCCAGAAUCUGUGGACAUUUACUCAUAGGUGCAGCCAAGAAUUCUUUUGCAAAACUCAUGGAUAAAAUUAGUCUGGUAAUGGAAUGUAUACCUCUGCACAGUAGCAGGAGUAUUACAUAUGUAGAAAAAGAUUCCCUGGUUCAGAGGCUGGCCCAUGGACUUCAUAAAGUAAACACACUGGCCCUGAAAUAUGGUUUGCGUGGCCAUGUGCCCAUUAUGAAAAGCACAGCGUCGUUGCAGAAGCAAAUAUUUGGAUUUACACAAAGACUGCAUGCUGCAGAAGUGGAGCGCCGCUCACUACGCUUGGAGGUCACAGAAUUCAAACGAAGUGUGAAUGAAAUGAAAAAGGAGCUUGACAAAGCCCAGGGUCUGCAAAUGCAAUUAAAUGAAUUUAAGCAAUCUAAAUUGAUCACCCAUGAGAAGUUUGAAAGUGCAUGUGAAGAGCUAAAUAAUGCAUUACUUCGGGAACAGCAGGCACAAAUGCUAUUGAAUGAACAGGCACAACAACUACAGGAAUUGAAUUAUAGACUUGAAUUGCACUCCAGUGAGGAAGCUGACAAAAACCAAACUCUUGGAGAAGCUGUUAAGAGUCUCUCCGAGGCAAAGAUGGAGCUGAGAAGAAAAGAUCAAUCUCUGCGUCAGCUCAAUAGACAUCUUACCCAGCUGGAGCAGGACAAGCGUCGACUAGAGGAGAACAUCCAUGAUGCAGAGAGUGCCCUCCGCAUGGCAGCCAAAGACAAAGAAUAUGUUGCAAAUCACAUGAGAGCAGUAGAAAAUACGCUUCACAAGGUCAGAGAUCAGAUCUCGCUGUCAUGGUCUGCGGCAAGUAGGAAUGACUUCACCCUGCAGCUACCCAAACUGCACCUGGAGACCUUUGCAAUGGAGGGGCUCAAGGGCGGGCCAGAGGUGGUAGCAUGCCAGGCUAUGAUUAAAAGUUUCAUGGAUGUCUACCAGCUUGCAAGCACUAGAAUCACAACAUUAGAGAAGGAAAUGACAUCUCAUCGAAGUCACAUCGUGGCCUUAAAAUCAGAACUUCACACAGCUUGUUUACGUGAAAAUGCAAGUUUACAAUCAAUAGGAUCACGAGACCAUUCAAAUCUCUCCAUUCCUUCAAGAGCUCCUCUUCCUGCUGACACAACUGGUAUUGGGGAUUUCUUACCAUUGAAAGCUGAACUUGAUACAACUUACACUUUCUUAAAGGAGACAUUUAUAAAUACUGUUCCCCAUGCUCUGACAUCAUCUCACUCCUCUCCAGUGACUAUGUCUGCUAAUGCCAACAGACCAACUCAGAUUGGAUUAUGACUUCAUGAAAUUUAAAAAUGGAGGAAGAGUUAACAGUACAAUUAAAAUUGUUUUGAAUGGGAAUUUUCUUAUCAGUUGACUUUUGUUUCAGCAGAAGUGGCGGUGGAUUUAAAAAAUUUGUGCGAUAUCUUGAUGUAUUCUGGUAGCUCUGUCUCCUUGAAUAAGAAAAUAGCCAACUUUUUUCUCUCCAAGUUUUAUUUAUUAUCACAGUUGCUCAUUUUUAUGUAACAUAUUUUUAAAUGUUAAGGAAUGACACAUUUUGGGUAAUUUUCCUCAGACUUAAAAAAAUCAAUAAGCCAUUUUAGUCUCUAUCUAUCAAAGUUGUUUCAUACUUGUCUAUUUUAAAGCAGGACUGCAAUGCUUUAAUAGGAUUGAGAGAGCUAUUUGAAAUGUAUGCCAAUGAUUCCUGUCAUUUCAUGGCAGCCCGGCCAUGGUUCACUGAGCCCCCUCUUCUCUCUUGUCAGCUCAACUGAAGACAAGCAUUUAGUUGCAAACUUUAAGCAGGUUGUGCAAAACAGAAAUGAUGUGACUGCUUCUCCUCCUGCACAAUAAUGUCACUCCUGGUCAAUGUGAGAAGGUCAGGUUGCUCCUUGUAAAGCUACAUGAUACCACUUGCCCAUUUGAACAAGUUAAGUUAACUGCUGAAUCUGGUCCCUGAAGGCAUUGAAAACUCAUUCUUUUAGCAAGUCUGCAUUUGAUAAGAAAGUAGAGCAAUUGUGCUGGAGGAUUUCUGUGGUAUGUUUAGGCACUUCAUAAGGACAGUUCCCACACCAGAAUAGCAGGUAAUACAUUUAGUAUAAGCGAAAAACUUCAAGGUAAUGGCUGUUUUGACCUUCAAAAUAGGCUCCUUUUUUGUUUUUGUUGUUGGUAGGACCCAAGAGUGACGCCCAUCUUUGAUGCUGACAGAAUUUAAAACAAGGCCAUUGCCCUGCAUUUUCUGCCUUGUAGCACACAAAAGUAAAAUUGUAUGUCAGGCCGAGAUGUCGGGGAGCUGACAAGAUGCCCCAGUGACAUUUCAGCUAGAAAGAGCAAGUGUCUUGCAACCAAGUGGUCAAAUAUCAAAUAAUAGGUCAAGCAGGAAGGAGCUGAGUUCUAACCACAAAGAGGUUUCUGGUAACUUACUUGACAAGCUUUUGGGUGCUUUGUGGCUUGACAAAGUGAUGUUCUGUUGGGUGUCGCUAGACAGACUGUUCUUUAUCGCCUUCAGAAGAUCAGACAUUGACAUUGAUUAAACUCUUUAACCCUUAAAGGUUAAACCCUUGCAGUUUGCAUCAUGGUAAGUGAAGAACAAAAGAAUAUUUGUAGUAAGAAUUUGUUUUUGUAUUAAUCAUUUAACUCCCUAGUGCUAUUAACUUCUGAUAUGAACUAUAGCUUUUGACAAAGAGUUUUGAUACAGAAUCUAUUUUUUAUAUUAUUUUUCAUUAUGGAAUCUUUCAUUAUAGAUACAUUAGAAUAUAACAGUAUGUAUUACGGAAGUUUUUUUGUCUUAUCUUUACAGUGACAUUUGAUUCAAAUAUACCCAACUGCUGAGAAUUUUUUUAUUGGCCUUGGUAAAUAAGAUUUUAUACUAACUAUUUGUUAGUAGCCAAAUUAGCCAAGUGAUUUAUGCCAUCUGAGGGAACACAGCAGUAUUACUGUCGUAUUAUGUAACACAUCCUAUUCUUGUAAUACCGAACCACUAUAAUUAGCUUUAUAUAAAAUUUUAGAAAGCUUAUGUGGAGUAAAAUUAUAUCUUUAACCAAAUUUCUCUUAAUUCUUUCCUUGGAAUUAUUUUUAAUAUGACCUGUGUAACAUGACCUGUAUGAAAUUCAACUUGCAAAUUUACUAUAACAUGGAAAGUGCUAUUUAUUUUUUUUAUACAGAUCGUAUAAUUUCUGCACUUUUCAGAACACCUUUCUCUGCUGUUCCACACAAUGAUUAGGAUAUUGUUCAUUUAGAAAUUGAUAGACAAUUUUUUAGUUCAUGUGAUAUCAUUAAGCUUACAAUUCUCACUAGAGAAAAACAAUGUUACUAUAUGUAACCUCUAUGUCUAAGUGUUUGUGUGUGUGUAUGUUUGUGUUGAAUCUGUUUUCAGAUCCUACUGAUUUUAGAGGAACAACACUUUUGUAAAAUGUGCCUUGGAAAGGCCUUGGUCUUCUUGCCUUAAAUUUAUAAUCUGUUAAUGGGAUAACUCCAAAAAUAAAUGUGUAUGUGUCUUCAUAUA